AGUCAUAGAAAAACACAAAUCCUAUUGUUUGCAUUGGCUUUGUUGAUGCAAAAGGAUUGAGAAAACAGCCGCCUUGUACAGUGGUAAUGACAGACACCUGCUUUACAGUGAAGGAAGUACAAAAAGCUUGACUAAUCAGAACUUUCAUAUAAAAGGGAAGGGAAGGGAAGCCGAUGAUUCAUAUGGGCAGAAUCAUAUCCAAAAGUAUAAAAAACUUACAUAAAAAGUGAUCUAUGAUGCAUAUAUCUGGUUUCAUCUUAUCGUUAUAAUGAGCAAAAGUGGGUUCUUUCUUUAAGAUAUUUUCAUUUUUCUCAUGUGUUGUCCACACUUUGAUUCUGUGAUGAAUAUCUGGUGGGGUAAUUGUGUUAAACCACACCUCAGUUUCAGAACUAUCAUAGUGCACUACCAAAGUGCACACAGGUCUUUAUAUGUGUCUAUUAUGUGGUGAGGUGAGCCUGCGAUAAUAAAUCCUGGCAUCCUGUCGGGGUCGUGGACUGUCAGUCUGAGUCUAUAUAGUCCUCAGCUCGGGCCCCAGCAACAGAGGGUUACUUGUAAAACAUGAUGUGCCAGUGGGGAAGAUCACAGCCGCAGUAUUUGCCUGGGAAUGUGCUCUUGGUUUGUACAAAAAGAAUGCUGUCACUCUGCAUCAUAGCUGCUUGAUGGACAAACUCGACUGGUCUGUGUGUGCAAGAGAGAGAGAAAGAGCAUGCUGGGAACACACACCUAUGUCAGACACACCUCUGCAGACGUAUGCCCAUGUACAGACGCCAGUGAGUCUGGGCUGCAUUCAGGAGUGUGACUGUAUUUAACAUCCCUUUGCGUGUAUUGAGUACAGCCAUGGCGAGGACUCAUCCCUGCCCUAUGACUGCAGGGCUCGCCUUUGUUCUUCACCCCUUAUACAGACAUAAUUACAAGCCUUAAAGAGCCUCCUCACCUCGCUUUCUCUCUCCUUCUCUCUCUCCUCAUAUACUUGUGCCUACACCUUUGAUUUGCACGGUUUUGACAGAUAUGCAAAUCCCAGACUCAACCCCCUGCAUUCAUCUGCUGAAGUGCCUCACAACAGAACUGCACAUAUAUGCCCAUGGGCCUCUGUGUCUUUCAAAGCCUUGACUUUUGUGUUUAUCUUCAUUUUGGCCUCCCUGAUCCCAUUCAUCUGUCGAAAAUUGUGACUUUCCUAUGCGCCGUAUGGCCACAGAAGUUGUUUUUUCCACUUAUAACAGGCUCUAAACAUGACACCUGCUCCUAGAACGGAAAAAUAUAAAUCUCACUGGGUGCCAACUGCAAAUAUUGCUACCAUAAUCCUAACACCAAUAAUGUUGCAGUAAAUUCCUAAUAGGCAUAACCACAUGCUGCAUUCUCUCAUGAUAUAAUUUCCCAGUGACGAUUUACAGCUGCAAGGCCUUGUGUGUGAAGUCAGAAACUCACCCACAGUAUGAGGCCUCUCAGCAACCUUUUUUUUAUUUUUUUUAUUGUGACUGAAAUUUUACUAUGAUAAUAAUUUGUGGCUUUGUUCUGGCUGGCUGCAUGGCUGAGGCCUGUGGGGAAUCGGGAAGCAGUCCAGCCCCCAGCAGGCCUUCAGUGCUGCUGGGUUCCCAGUAGUUUCAUGCAGGGUAUAGGACAUGACCAAAAUGAUGGGGUUGGACAGCAACUCAGCACCGCGCUCAACCCACCAAACACUCUGCUUAUAAUUUGACUGCAGCUUACAUGUGAUUUAGCUGAGGUGAAAUCUGUAUCAAACUGUGCUAUAACACAUGGUGACUCUAUUAGAGUUUGUUUAAAACGUAGCUGCAUUGGCAGGAAAUCCACUCGUUUCUCCUCCCACUGUGUUUUUCUCCACCUGUGGAUUUACUCUGCUUGAGAGUGAGUCAAUAGAGGCUGAAAUAUGGAGACAGGCUUGCUCUUUGAGCCUGUGGUCACCAUUUUCUCCCCACACUAUAUCCACAUGCACCUUACGAGUUCUGCUGACUCUACAGUCUGCACCACAAUCCUGGCUUUCUUUGUCAGGUUUGUGUUUGCCUUUUUGUUUUAUAAACUCUGACAUUUAGUUAGAAAUCAUUUGAGUGACAUGUGUGUAACUACCCUGGUCAUAAAGAGUCCAGGCUUUAUUCUUCCCAUGAAGUAUCAUGGGACUGCGUGAAAACUAGUAGACAAACAAAACAGUUACAAUGUGGGCUGGAUAUUUCUGUUUCAUAUAAAGAUGAAAUCAAACAUCCUUUUGGGUCAGAGUCAUUUUUCUGUCUCUGCAUUUGCUUUUAAAGUAAUAGUUAUGUAAAUAUUGCACUUAUAUUACAGUAUUUAUCCAACUGCUCUUUAUUAAUUAUGUAUAAAUCCUGUUGUUAUUUUUUUAUUAGGGUUACUGUACUUCAUUUACUCUCUAAUCUGGCUAAUUUAUGCGUUGAAACUAGGAAUGUGGAGUGUUGAAUGAACAGUAAAAUGUGAAGUUUUUCUUCUAAAAACUAAAACAACCCUGAGUCAGCAUGACCGCUGAGCCACAAAGCAUGCUUAUGUAAUGCUGCGUGGACACAGUGUAAACAACCAAGUUGUCUGUACAUGGUAAAAUAUAUCUGAUUCAUCUGUUUUCGAUUUUUCUCUAAAAUGUUAGAAAAAUACAAAUAUGUGAGUGUUUGUUGCAAAAUUAAAGGCGCACUAUUCCAAAUAUCAGAAAGUGCUUCCUCAGUAAAGCUCUUUAAUGGUGCAUUAAUUGUUCAUUAGCCGGUGCCGCAGCGGAAAUAGAGGUUUUACUGCGCUGUUUGCCAUCUAUUCGAUUCAGUUAAAACAGGAUUAAUGAUUAACUUGGCGAAUUAUUACAUUAUUAAAGCGAUUAUUUAAAUAACGGACAUUUAAACUUUAUUUCUAGUGGGAAUUAAGCGCACUGACUAUAUAAACGAAACAAUGUCGAAUUUAAUUUUAUUUGAGUUAUUAACACCAGAUAAGGGUAAGCCUAAUAGGUCUAACUUUAAUUUAGAUGCAUUUGUCAGUUCCCUAUAUAUCAUAUCUAUAUAAAAGAGCAUUGCGUAGAUAUUUGUAGUCAUUAUCGUACCUCGUCUUUUGAAACUUAACAAAAUUGUCACAAUAACAAAUAAAAUUCCUCCUUUGCAAAGUAAAAAUACAUUUAUUUAGCCCAAUUUUCCACAAGUUCUAAAUCUAAUAAAAAAAAACAGUCUUGUCCUGUGCUUUAACGGAUUUUUAUUUGACGGUAAACGACCUGGUGGCAUUCUGUCAUACACUAGAAUAAAAUGUCUCCAUAUGUCCAAAUGAGAGAUUAUUUCAUAACCUAUGGAAGGAGGUCCCUGCUGGCUGCAGAGCUGCAUCCUGUAUCAUAUGUUAAUGAAGUUAAUGGUGGAGCUCCAGUGACAGCUGGCUGCUGAAGACCAAUCACAGAGCUCGCAGAUGGAAGGCAGUAUGUUUGAGGCUCCGCAGGCAGGAGGUGUUUGAAGAACCAUGUCAGCUCCUCCAAUGAUGUAAAGGAUCCCUUUCGCUUUUAUUCGAUUUUUUGCCUCCUAAACAGUUGUGAACAUGCACGCUGUAACUUAUUACUGCGGGGGACUUUUUUCCACAAGCAAUGCACUGGACUUAAGUGUGGAUUUGUUCCGAGUUUUCCUCGCUGCCCGACACAACUCAUGAAACCCUCUUCAGAGCGACGGGUUUAUGGACUCGCGUAUUAGCUAAUGAUGUCUAUGGGUUUCAUGCCUGACAGUCUGAAUGCCUCAGAUCCCUCCAAGUCGGCCUUUCUAGAGUUUGGCCACGGACAUCCGGCACACCAGCAGCACUCCCCAGGACUCUCUCACAUUUACCCCGUUCAUGGCUUGCAUGCCGCUGGGCACUCACAGCACGAAAGUCCUUUUCCUGGCAGCUCGUCCUAUGGCCGCUCUUUGGGCUACGCCUACCCCGGCGCGGUGAACCAUCAUUCCCCGUCUGCUUACAUGUCCUACCAGCACAGCAAUCACAGCAACAGCAGCAGUCUGGCCCACAGCAGAUUAGAGCACACAGAUCGCGAGAAGUCCACGGCAAUUGAGAACAGGGACCUCCGUCUAAAUGGCAAAGGAAAGAAAAUCCGGAAGCCUCGGACUAUCUACUCCAGUCUCCAGCUGCAGGCUCUGCACCAGCGCUUCCAGCAGACCCAGUACCUGGCCUUACCGGAACGCGCCGACUUGGCGGCCAAACUGGGACUCACCCAGACUCAGGUGAAAAUAUGGUUUCAGAAUAAGCGCUCCAAGUAUAAAAAGAUCAUGAAGCAUGGCAGCGGAUCAGAGGGAGAACAUCUCCACAGCACUAGCUCCAUCUCCCCCUGCUCGCCCGGGUUGCCGCAGCUCUGGGAGGUCUCCAUGGCGAACAAAGGAGCCCAAAUGCACCCAAACAAUUACAUGAACAGUUUUGGUCAUUGGUAUCCAAACCACCAUCCUCACCAGGACGCGAUGCCCAGGCCACAGAUGAUGUGAGUGGAUUGUUUUACGGGGUCGUGCAGGCCAGGUGCUCGGGCCUAUAUGAAGCGCACUUCAGACUACACUGAACUUGCUCUCAAGGCCUCUUCUCAGAACUGAAUUGUGUUUAAAUGCGUGUUUUAAUAGAACUUUUCCUGUAUUUGUGUGUGCGAUUUGAAUUCACUCUUCAAUGAUAAAAAUUCGACCAGACAUCACAUUUAUUUUUCAGAUUUGUUAACAAUGUCAGUGAGACUUCUGGUGCACGGUCACAACUCACUGAAAUGUGGACUCAGUGUGUGCAGUUUAGCAAAAGACUCUGGAUAAAGGCUUUUUAAAGAAUAUAUUAUGUGCGUGGGUCUAUUUCAACGAGUUUCCGCUGCAUUUUCCAACAAAUGCUAUUAGCGUUAUGCAAAUAAAUAGCUGUUGGAUUGGC